GCUUGCGCUGGUUCGGCGCUCGGCUGGGGCGGCCUGGCCCACAAUGAAUGGCCGCCGCGGCUGCCGCUGCUUCUGAGGCGGAGGCCGCGGAGGCCGCGGAGGCGGAGGCCGAGGCCCCGGCGCAGGGGGGUGCGCCCCGGGCCCAGGUCCGGCCCCAGCUGCCGCUGCGGAGCCCGCCAGGAGCCCCCGGAGCGCGGCCACGGCGCAGCUGCCACCAUGGCCCAGACCCUGCAGAUGGAGAUCCCGAACUUCGGCAACAGCAUUCUGGAGUGCCUGAAUGAGCAGCGGCUUCAGGGCCUGUACUGUGAUGUGUCAGUGGUGGUCAAAGGCCAUGCCUUCAAGGCCCACCGGGCCGUACUGGCUGCUAGCAGCUCCUACUUCCGGGACCUGUUCAACAGCAGCCGGAGCGCUGUGGUAGAGCUGCCGGCGGCUGUGCAGCCCCAGUCCUUCCAACAAAUCCUCAGCUUCUGCUACACGGGCCGGCUGAGCAUGAAUAUGGGGGACCAGUUCUUGCUCAUGUACACGGCUGGCUUCCUGCAGAUCCAGGAGAUCAUGGAGAAGGGCACUGAAUUCUUCCUCAAGGUGAGCUCUCCCAGCUGCGAUUCCCAGGGCCUACAUGCCGAGGAGGCUCCAUCUUCCGAGCCCCAGAGCCCUGUGGCUCAGACAUCGAGCUGGACGGCCUGCAGCACCCCGUUGCCCCUGGUGUCUCGUGUCAAGACAGAGCAGCAGGAGUCGGACUCUGUGCAGUGCACGCCUGUGGCCAAGAGGCUGUGGGACAGCAGCCAGAAGGAGGCCGGGGUUGGCGGCAGCAGUGGUGGCAAUGGUAGCCGAAAAAUGGCCAGGUUCUCCACAUUGGACCUGGCCGCCAACCGGCCACCUCAGCAGGCCUUGGCUGCUGCAGCGGCGGCGGCAGCAGCAGGGGGCGUGGUGAGCGGGCCCAGCAUGUCCGAGCGGACCAGCCCUGGUACCUCGAGCGCCUAUACUAGUGACAGCCCAGGCUCCUAUCACAAUGAGGAGGACGAGGAGGAGGAUGCGGGCGAAGAGGGCACAGACGAGCAAUACCGGCAGAUCUGCAACAUGUACACCAUGUAUAGCAUGAUGAAUGUUGGCCAAAGUGCUGAGAAGGUGGAGGCCCUCCCUGAGCAGGUGACCCCUGAAUCCCGGAAUCGCAUCCGGGUGCGGCAAGACUUGGCGUCUCUCCCAGCCGAGCUCAUCAACCAGAUCGGUAACCGCUGCCACCCCAAGCUCUAUGAUGAGGGCGACCCCUCUGAGAAGCUAGAGCUGGUGACAGGCACCAAUGUGUAUAUCACAAGGGCACAGCUCAUGAACUGCCAUGUCAGUGCAGGCACACGGCACAAGGUCCUGCUGCGGCGCCUCCUGGCCUCCUUCUUUGACCGGAACACACUGGCUAACAGCUGUGGCACUGGCAUCCGCUCUUCCACCAACGACCCCAGACGCAAACCGCUGGACAGCCGCGUCCUCCAUGCCGUCAAGUACUACUGCCAGAACUUUGCUCCAAACUUCAAAGAGAGCGAAAUGAAUGCCAUUGCGGCCGACAUGUGCACCAAUGCCCGCCGCGUCGUGCGGAAGAGCUGGAUUCCCAAGGGGAAGCCGCCUGAGGGUGAUACCUACACCACCUUCAUCAGUGACACGGGCAAGCUGGAGCCGGACAUGAUGGGCGUGGAGCACAGCUUUGAAACAGCCAGCCAUGACGGCGAGGCUGGCCCCUCAGCCGAAGCCCUCCAGUAACCCCCACCAAGCCCUCCAUGAGGCCGUCACACUCCCCCUCCUGUCACCCACCCACCCACCCACCACCUUGGUCACGAGCUACUGUCUGUCCCUCCCCAGGACCCGCAGGGUGUGCUGCAUGCUCCAGCCCCUCGGCCUCCCGUCCCACCCCUGACCCCAAUCCGAGUGGGCUGGGAGAGGGUGGCCGUGGUGCGAGCUCUGCGUGGCCUUCUCUCUCGCACACAGUCAGGGAGUACUCGCUCCCCCCUCUCCUAACCCCUAGCAAUUGUUUUCCCAUUCCACUCAACCAGGCCGGGCAGGGGAGGGGCAGUCUAGGGGCAGUCUUCUGCUCCACCCUUCACUGCAGCCCCAUGGGACUUGCAGGGGCCCUGGGGUGCUCAGGACCCCUCCUGCCACCACCUCCCAGUGCUUCCAUGUUUCCAAAAGCGCCUUCCUGUCUCCUUCGUCUGUCCCUGCAUCUGGGGCUGGGGUAGGCGAGGCUGUGGGGACUGCUCUUGUGACGGCGGAGGAAACCUGAGGCUCAGAAAUUACACGACUGACCUAAACCGACCUAAGGUGGCAGGCGGUGGUGCACCCAGCACCCUUCUCUCUCCCCCACCCUGUACUCAGCCUGUCUCGCUCCAUCAGGCCCCUCAGACCUGAGUGAGGGGCACAGACCCAGAGUUUCUGAGGAUAGGAGGAGAGGUUUUGGAGGCCCACAGGUGCGUGUGCGUGUGAAUGUGGAGAAGUUUUGCUUUAAAAUAAAUGAAGAUGAGAAAGGCAGUGGAACCAGGGGAGCAUGCUGGCGGGCUGCUGCCCUUCCCUCCCUCCCCACCCCAUCCCACGGCAGGGCUCCCAGCUCCCAUCCCCUGUACAUACUUUUUAAAACAUUUUUUUAGCUAAUGAAAUAUUGAAGUAUAAGAUUCCUUUUAUUUUUCAAACCAAUGGGACUGUGUCUGAUGUCCCCUUUGGUCCCUGGGGGCCAUGGAAAGUAGGAUGGGGUGAGGGGUGCAGGAGUAGGCUGAAUGUGUGCGUGCAUGUAGAGUAUGGGUGCACGUUUCCAAGGUGGGACCCCAGACCCAGCCAUUGCCUGGGCUACAUUUGAAGGAUAUCCCUGGUCUUGGCCUGUUGGCAGAGCCCAGCUCCUGGGGACAGGGCAGGACCCACUGCAUUUGUUAGCAGUUGUUUGCUGAAUUGUCUCUAACCAUUCCUCUCUUUGUAGCCUCAUCCAGUGUGAGUGAUUUUUUUUUUUUUUUUUUUUGAGUUUUACAUGUGAACCAGAGGGUUCUUUUUUCUUUUUCUUUUUUGCUCCCCAUCCCCCUGUGCUGCUGGGUGUCAUUUGACAUUUUUUGUCUAGCCUUUUUCUCACCUUUCGCCUCACCUCUCUUCUCACUUCUGGUCUCCUCCCAAGUCUGACAGCCUAUGGCUUCCAGAGGCAGGAGCUUGCUAGAGGUGGGUGGGGCUAUCCCAAUGGACCCUUGGAAUCUGACUUGGAGGCCCCAUCCCCCACCCUGUAGCCCCUACCAGCCUGUGGGAAGGGGGUCCCUCCAGCAUCUGUUUGUGGAGUUGGAGGUGUCCGGUCUGGCUGUGAUCCUGGCACUCCUCUUUCUGGCCCAAGUGUGUGUGUGUGGGGUGGAGGCAAGUGUAUGAGGGGGGAGUUGACACCCCCAGCUAAAGCACAAGCACCUUAGUCGCACCUCCCCUGCCCCUCAUCCUGGCCUUGACACUCUACCCCAGCGUCAUCCCAAAGCACAAUAUCCCGGUCACUUGGUGGGCUCCUGGGGCCACAGAGGGGUGGGCUGGGGUUCCAGCCAGCCCCCAACGGAAGCAGGAGUCCCUGAGUACUCCCCCUUCCAGGCCUUAGCUGGGGGCCAGCUCCUGGGACUGGUGUCCUCUCCCUCCCCACCCUUUUUCUGGGCAGAUCCCUGCCUAGUCCCCCUCCCUGUCUUGUCUUCAGGCAGGGCUUGCCCCUGUCCUUCUUCCGUACCCUUGCAGCACUGGGUUGGGUGGCAGAACCCCUUGUUUCAGGGACCCCAGGAGGUGCCCCUGGCUCCAGGGGACUGUGUGUGGGUGGUGGGGGAGGGGGGGUUGAGGGGCAGGGGGUGGAAUUCCUCACCAGGAGAGCCAAAGACAGGGUUGUGCCUUACCCCAGGAGCCACCCCUGUGCCCAUCCACCCUGCCCUUUCAGGUGGCCUGCUGCUUUUCCUCCCCUCCUGACCCCCCCCCCCCCCCCCCCCGCCCCAGCCCUGCUCUGAGCUGCAUGGUUCCCACCCCCACCUGGACAGCCAGGAAGGAGCAUGAAUGGAGAAUCACCAACGCAAAAAAGACUGGAGGCCUCUGGCCACCCCUGUUCCCGUAGGACAGGCCAGCUGCUGUGUCCACGUGGAGUGCCAACACCUGCCCUUCUCCGGGCUGAGCCCCCCACCCCCACCCCAGCCUGUAAGUGAGAUUGCACAUUAACUACUGUAAGGAGAGGAGCGCACUGGGAAAUGUGAACAUGAGAACAUCAGUAACACUGAUGAGAAUAAACUAAACGCCUUUGUAACA